AGCUAAAUCAUUAAGCACCAAGAACUAAAGCUUCUCUAUCUUAAAUCCUCUCAUCCCCCAAACUUCUCUAAGCACUAGCUACUACUACUUACCACACAAUGGCAAUUGUAGCAACCUCUGCCAUCUCUCUUAUCUUCUUUCUUCUCAAUCUCUGCCUCCGAGGCACUUAUGGUGACUAUGGAGGAGGAUGGCAAGGUGGACAUGCCACAUUUUAUGGUGGAGGUGAUGCAUCAGGCACAAUGGGAGGUGCUUGUGGUUAUGGAAACUUAUACAGCCAAGGCUAUGGGACUAACACUGCAGCACUCAGCACUGCUCUUUUCAACAAUGGCUUGAGCUGUGGUUCUUGCUAUGAGAUGAGAUGUGACAGUGACCCAAGAUGGUGUCUCCCUGGAAGCAUAUUGGUCACUGCCACAAACUUCUGCCCUCCUAACUAUGCACUCUCCAACAGCAAUGGUGGCUGGUGCAACCCUCCCCUGCAGCACUUUGAUCUUGCUGAGCCUGCUUUCUUGAAGAUUGCUCAGUACAAAGCUGGAAUUGUUCCAAUUUCCUUCAGAAGAGUCUCCUGUGUCAAGAAAGGAGGAAUCAGGUUCACAAUUAAUGGACACUCUUACUUCAACUUGGUUCUGGUCACAAAUGUUGGUGGAGCUGGAGAUGUUCAUUCAGUGUCCAUCAAGGGGUCUAAAACUGGAUGGCAAACCAUGUCAAGGAACUGGGGGCAGAAUUGGCAAAGCAACUCUUACCUCAAUGGCCAGAGCCUUUCUUUCAAGGUUACCACUAGUGAUGGAAGAACUAUCAUCAGCAACAAUGCUGUGCCUGCUGGUUGGCAAUUUGGACAAACAUUUUCGGGAGGACAGUUUUAGUUACAAGAGCUAAAGUUCCAAUUUAAGUUAAAAUUUGCAUUUUGUAAUAUAUGUCAUUGCUCUGUUAUAGUGCAUGUUUGGAAACUCUUCACCAAUUGAUUCUGAAGUCAGAAUCAAUUUUGAGGAGAAGUCGUUGGAUUUCAGAAUUGAUUCUGACGAAAGAUGCAAAUCCAAACAUAUUAAGAGUUGGAAAGUGUGAGGAAAAGAAAGGUAGAUUAGGAGUUUCAGGCCAACAUGGCCUCUAAUGCAGUGGUGGCAAUAUGGCACCCGCUAGGCCUAGUAUAAUGUAUUGUUGUUUUUGUUUUGGAUAUUUCCCAUUGAUUACAGUCUUUUGAUGAAGUCAAUGUGGAGAUGAUCUCAAUAGCCUUGUAUAUUUAAUCCCUCAAAUGGUUGAAAACCAAUUUAGGGGGAGUUUAUAUAAAUUUGAUAAUGCUUUUUUGUUGCUAA